AGCUGGGAUCAAAAUUAAGAAGAAGAAGAAGUACUUCUGCGUCUAUGGUUCCAUGUCAGAAUUUUUCAUUUCAAUAUUGGUGAAAUUUGAUAAAUAAAUAUAUUUCUCGAAAGUAUAAUAUAAGAUUAACUAGAUCACAGGAUGGUUCUGGUUCGACCUGAAGAUAUUCAACGUUCAAACCCUGUUGAGGGGCAAAUACAACUAACUUCUUCCAUUAAUGUUAAAACUCCCAAAAGGGUGUUGCACUUUUCUGAUGGAGUUUUAGAGGAAUAUAGCAGUGAUGAAGAAGAUUUAGUUCAAGAUUCACGUAGAGAACAGGCAAUCAUUAAUCCAGCUUCUUUAACGUGGGGGCCAUGGAUUUGGUAUAGAGCUUGGUCAGCAGGAUCAUCUGCCUUGUCUGCAGUUGAUACUGUUGGUGAAUUUCUAGCAUCUUUUUUUGGGAUUACAACUCCUAGGUAUUAUUUUGAACUUCUUGAAUAUAAACGUCGAGAAGAGGAGAAGCUAAGACAACAAGAAGAAGUAAAAGGGUGGUCUCAACCAGCUGCGACUUCUGUUUCGGUACCUCUGAAUGAAGUAAAGAGUUCGCCUUUAUCUGUAGAUGUUUGAAUUGAUCAGGAAUACAAUUUCACAUGAAAAUAAUCCUUCAUAUUUUAAUUGACUUUGGUCCUUUCGUUUUUUUUACAACUCAGAAUUGUUUCUUGCUUGUCUUUAUUUACAUUAUUUAUAUAGCAAAUUGUUGUUUGGGCUAUAUUGAUAUUUAUUUUGUACUAUACAAAUAUAAUAUUAAAUGUUGAAAGAAAAAUUCGU